AUGCCUAAGGCUGCUGCUGGCAAGCGUGGAAAGGUUGAGAAGAAGCGAGGCAAGAAGGACCCCAACGCCCCCAAGCGUGGUCUCUCUGCCUACAUGUUCUUCGCCAACGAGCAGCGUGAGAACGUUCGUGAGGAGAACCCCGGCAUCUCUUUCGGCCAGGUCGGCAAGCUCCUCGGUGAGCGAUGGAAGGCCCUGAACGAGAAGCAGCGUGCCCCCUAUGAGGCCAAGGCUGCUGCCGACAAGAAGCGAUACGAAGAUGAGAAGCAGGCUUACAACGCCGACCAGGAAGAGGAGGAGUCCUCUUAG